AUGCAUCUUCCGUCGUUACUGGUCGCGCUUGGCGUAUGUGGUGCCGUGGCUGCGCCACUGGAGCAACAACAACCGCUGGCUGGCAGUGCGCGACACCACGCAGGACCUAACAAAGUCUUCAACCCGUACAAGCCUGGCAACAAUGAUCCAUUUGACAAGAAGAUUGAUUCACAAGGCGACAAGCUUCAGCCACUGCCCUACCGCAAUGGUGACGGAGCGAGUGUUCUAGGGCCUCGCAACCGAGCGCGCGAACGACAAAACCCAGAUCUCGUCCGCCCACCCAGCACCGACCAUGGCGCGAUCCCCAACAUGCGAUGGUCCUUUGCCGACUCGCAUAUCCGUAUCGAGGAGGGUGGCUGGACGCGCGAGACGACUGUUCGCGAGCUGGGUACUAGCAAGGAGCUAGCCGGCGUGAACAUGCGUCUUGAGGAAGGCGUCAUUCGUGAACUCCACUGGCACAAGGAAGCCGAAUGGGCAUAUGUCCUCGAAGGCAAGGUCCGCAUCACUGCUCUCGAUCCUGAAGGUGGCUCUUUCGUCGAUGACCUAGAGAAGGGUGACCUAUGGUACUUCCCCUCUGGCCAUCCUCACUCGCUGCAAGGCCUGAGCCCUAAUGGCACCGAGUUCCUACUCGUGUUCGACGAUGGCAACUUCUCUGAAGACUCUACCUUCUUGCUCACCGACUGGAUGAGACUGACUCCCAAGUCCGUCUUGGGUGAGAACUUCCGCGUUUCGCCAGAAGUCUUCAAGGCGAUCCCCGAGAAGGAAAAGUACAUCUUCCAGGGCUCAGAGCCCGGUCCCAUCGACGAUGAGGUUCCAAGUGGCGGCAAGGGAUACAAGAAGUCGAAGAUCCAAUUUACCCACAAGAUGCUUGCUCAGGAGCCUGUCAACACGACUGGUGGUCAAGUCCGCAUCACCGAUUCGACAAACUUUCCCAUUUCCAAGACUGUCGCUGCAGCACACUUGAGCAUUCAGCCUGGCGCAAUCCGCGAGAUGCAUUGGCACCCCAACGCAGACGAAUGGUCCUUCUUCAUCGCUGGCCGCGCCCGCGUAACGAUCUUCGCCGCCAAAGGCACAGCGCGCACAUUCGACUUCCAAGCCGGCGACGUAGGCGUCAUCCCUCGCAACAUGGGCCACUUCAUCGAGAACCUGUCUGACGAUGAGGACGUCGAGGUGCUCGAAAUCUUCCGUACAGACAAGUACCAGGACUUUAGCUUGUUCCAGUGGCUUGGCGAGACGCCGCAGAGACUUGUCCGGGAACACUUGUUUGCGAAUAGUCCUAAAGAGGCGGAAGAAUUUGCCAAGGCGAUUCGUGAUGCGGAAGAGGAUCCUAUCAAGGAUACUGAGGUUGAUGAGGAGGAUAAGGAGGAGUUGUAG